CACUGGGGGACGUGUGCGUGAAGCAGAACUAACCGAAAGCUGUUCACGUCACUCCCACCCACUCCUGGCCCGAUCGGAUAGUAGAUCGAGGAUUACUGUUUCCUCUACGUCCAACCUCCGCGAGUUUGUUGUGGAGAGGAGCCGUGAGUUUACCAGAGCUGGCUGUGCCGACAUGCUAGAAGUGCGAGUGACAGACUUCGCAACGUGGGGAAAAAAAUCAGAGGACAAGAAAAUUUCCAAAAUAACCCCAGAUGCGUUGUAGGGCCAAAAGGUCACUGCUCGUGACCUUUGCUUUUGCAUUCUUGAUAACGAGUGGCUUUAUCUACAUCAACAUCUUGCAAGUGGGAGAGACGAUAGACAUUCAAUUAGGAAUUGAGAGAGACCUCAAAAGAAGCACAAAUGAGGUAGACCCAGUUCCUUCCCCCCAGCCUCAACUACACACCACCACCCAGCACCCACUCCACACAGAGGUGGAGGAGCGAUGUCAUCACAUGGCAGCUGCAAAUGGCAAGAUGCGUCCCAUCAACCGUGUCGCCUCGUUCCCGAUGAGCCCUGUCAUUUCACGUCGCCGGAAACUACUCUACUGCCCUCUGGCCAAAGCCGGCUCAACAUUUUUUACUCGAUACAUCAUGGCAGUCGACAGGCCAGGGCCUAUGACGUCACCAUAUGAUAUUAAGAUCGCAGACGCGGGCCGGAACGGACUGACAAGUCUGACUGACUUGACGUCACAACAGGAGAAAACGAAAUUUAUUUCAGAAUCUUUCAAAUUCCUGUUUACAAGAGAUCCUUACUGGCGCGUGUUUUCAGCCUACGUAGACAAGCUGUACUCACCCAACCCUGUCUACUGGCGGGACUGGGGAGUGCCUGCAAUAAGGGACAGCGGCCUCAAUUCAUCCGAGCAUAAAUGUGGGAGUGGCGUCCCCUUCGGCGCAUUUGUCCACCUUGUGGUGACUCGCUUGUGGAGGAGCGAUCUGCACUUUGUUCCAAUGACGACUAUGUGCAAUAUAUGCAAGGUGAGGUACGACUUUGUUGGAAAGCUUGAAAAAGCGUCCAGUGACAUUGACAACUUAUCUCAAAAACUCAACGUCAGUUCGUCGUUUCUGCACGAAAAUCGUUAUAAAACGGCGUCCACCCUUGACGUCAUCAAAGACUCCACCGAAGACUCUCUACACAGCUGGAGGCGUGAGGUCACCGAGUGCACGUCUGCUCUAGACGUAGGCAAAGUGAUAUGGAGACGUCUGCAGAUCAGAGGCAUUAUUCAGCACGAUUUUCAUUUUCCCUACUCAGAGGAAGAAAUGGAAUCUAUAUCUCCAGAUGAUUUUAGAUCGCGUUGUAUAAAAGCUACAGAGACUUCAACGGAUAGGGAUAAACUGAAGCGCCAAAAGCUUGCUGCUUUUAAGGCUGCUUAUAGUCAAGUGUCUCUACAAGACCGUCAGAGAUUGACUGAAAUCUAUCAUGACGAUUUUUACUUAUUCGGUUACGAUCCAAAACCAGCGGUUAUUUUCGAAGACAACCGCAAUCAAACAAGUGUGAGUUAUAUUCUUAAUUGGAGAAACGACUGGGUGAACUUGUAACGACUGCUUUUAGCAUGUUCCGUCCUUUUAAGAUAUGAUCUCAACCCUGAAUAAUGCCUUUUGUAGCUCAAUCGAUUAACUGACACCGUACUCGAAAGAAACUAUUAACUUAUUUUUAGAAUGGGGUUGAGGGGAGAGGGUUCGAGAUCUACUUUCACCAAUUCGUCAACCGUUAGGCCCAACCACUUCUGUAGGUUUCGGGUACUUUCUUUUAGCACGACAGAUCGGUAGGCCUGUACAAAAUCCACGUAUUUCACUCUCGACAAAGGCGUCGUUCGCUUUCUAUGCACAGUUAUAUAAAUGAAUCCACUAGCUCUGAAGAAUACCUUCUGUUUGUCUGUCAAACAAUAGUGUUUUUAAUUAGGAAGGGUUGCGAUCCUCAUCUUCUCUUACUCUUUGCAUAAAAGCAACUUGAAUACGUAAAAUCUUACCCUAGACGAUCUAUAAACAAAAUAAGUAUCUCCACCGCGGCGUUAUCAUUAAUGUAAUACAUUAGUAGUAUUAGGAUUUAUUGAAUUCCCCUCGCCCUGAUUUCACAAUUGGCACAAACGACUGACUUGAUCUGAAGUUGGUGGUCUUCACCCUCUGACGUGGUGUUCCAUAAUAUAAUAUGCUGGGCUGACGUCAUUUCACAGAACGAAUUGAGUUAUAACUGCAAUCCUUUUUCUUUUUUCUUUUUUCUUUCUUUUUUUUUUUUGAGGGGGGGGGGGCGUUAUAGGACGUAAAAAUGGUCGACGUAAGCUAGGCAAAAGCCUAUACUUUGACCUUUGUUGCUGGUGCUGUUGUUGUUGUUAUUGUUGUUGUUGUAGCUGUUGUUGUUGUUGCAGCCGUUUGACGUGCAGCGUAUUUCGUGGAUUAAAAAAAAAUUGUUUGUUCCAGUAGGUUACUCUUGCAUCAUGGCAGCACUCCAAGUAGUUCUAAAAAGGGUCUAGACAAAUAUCAUAUUGGUCAGAAAUCUUGCCGAAACGGUAAAACUGACUUGCAAAUAAAUGUGUUAUGAUGGAAUUCUUUUUGAACCCUCGUGUCGACUAUACGACAAAGCUGAGAAAGUGGGUGAUUGGCGGGUGCUCUUAUAUGGUUUGCUCCUUUUUUCCUAUCAAAUAUCUAUCGUCCUUAUCUCCCCUCCUUCUUUUCUUUGUAUGUUACUCUCUUGUGACACCUUUUAAUCCUCGUCACUUAUAUGACAUAAGUGUUGCAAGUGCUGUAAAACUCUUACUAAAACUAAAAAGCUGAAAAACAUGACGUAAAUUGAUUUGUUAUAAAUUGUGAUUUUAAAUGUGUAACGCUUGCAACGACAAACUUUAGAUCAUUUUGGAGACGGGUUUCUUCGAUCAUGGCUGCCAGGGCCAACCCGGGCUGAGAGUGAGAGGGAAACAGCGACCCAGCACACAGAGGGAGACACUUGAUAAAAAUCUUCACCAUAUGGAAAUAGAACUCAUGUCAUCUGUAACCUUAGCGAAGCGACUGUAAUCGCUAAAAGAAAAAAAACAAAAAAAACGGACGCUAAAAAUGCCUCAGAAGAAAAGCUGUUGACCAGCAAAUUGAUGAAUUUGGCAAAUAGUUCUGUUUUUGGAACCAAAAUGUUAGAAAACAAAGAAAUCUAUUUUGUGGCUGCAAAUGGGUACGGCAGUUUGUCAAACUUUAGACUGUUUGAGACGGAUGCAAUCUUAAGGAUGAUAUUCUACUUAUAACACCUCUCCAAAUUCUUCUUGGUUUUUGUCUUGUAAUCUCCUUGCAGCUCAUACAAUGGUUCACUUUUUAGUAGGUCAACUUACAUCAUUUGAUUAUAACCCGAAUUUUUGUAGUGAGUGUCUGAGUACCAUAGAGCGUGUACCUAUGCAGAACAAAUAAACAAUGCUUUAUAAUAUUAUAA